GAUUACAGAGUGUGUGAAUGAAAUUGCCGGCGUUCGGUUGUGACAUUUGACAGCUUCAGGUUAGCGGAUGUGCAGUUCCGUUCUGUAACGUGAGUACGCCGAGUGGAUAGUGAUACAGUGACCGAACGACUCAGAUUUCGCCAGCUUCUGAAGUUUUAACGACCAAAAAUGGAAACCUCUGCUACUAACGUGGAAAAGGAUAAGGAGCAUGCCAGCGACAUCGUGUCUUCGGCAGUUUCCACUGAAGCAACGGGUAUGCGACGAGAUCAUGAAUCUAUUGAUGAUUUUGAGCAUUUAGAACCCGAAUCUUCUCCUUUGUCAGAAACACCCGGGAAGCAUAGUUUUGAUGUUAAUCAGGACAUGAAACCCGCUGUCAAUUCUGGUAAGGAUAUUGUUUCUUCUACUAUCGUUGGUAAAGCUGAAAACAACCAGAAUUCUUCAGAGUUUUCGCUUUUGGGUGAUUCAAAGGUAGGAUCUGUCGAAGCCGGCAACACGCCGGAGACACUUGAAGAAAUUCCGCAAGCUGAGUUUUCAAACAAAUUGAUAGAUUUUGAAUCGCAUGAUGAGCAGACAAAACUCAACCCGAAGUUAAACAUGGAGCCUGAAAAAUCCCUCUUUGGAACGACUGAAUCAAACAAGCAGGCUCCCGAAAACUUGUUCGAUCUACCCACACAGAAGGGUUCUGGUCUAGAUUUAUUUAACAGAUUUGAAAUAUCACCCAAGGGGUCUGAUGCAAGUGCUAUGUCCCAAGCGUUUAUGGAGAUGGAGAGAGGAGGGAUGCGGGAAGAGAAAAACUUAAGAAAUGAAGAUAUUCUUCAACCUGAAGUGCAGAAUAUAGAACCAAAAACAGACGAAUUACCAAAACAAAAAACUGAGGAAAAGAAGCCAGCGGAGCCAGAGUUUCACCCAGCUUUUGCACACCUGAAAGAUGAAGCCCAUGAUGAUGACAGCUUCAAAGAUACGGAUUCCAUACCAGAACAAAUAAAGGCAGAAGACAAAUUCAAAGAUUUUCCAGAAGAGAUACACGCUUCAAAGCAGGACUUCGGUUUUCCAGAACCUAAUGUACACGGUGAUUUUCAUGUGCCGGCACCAGCUACAAAAGGCAGUGAAGACAAUUCUGCAUCUGACAGGCUAGAGGACAAAAAAGUUAAAGAAACAAAGCCAGAUGACAAUGUAACAAAGCAUGACUUGGAACUUGGAAUUCCUGCCAAAGUAACGGGAAAACAGAAGUUGGAAGAAAAAUCGCCAGUCAAAACCAAACACGAAGUAGUACCACCCACAAUUAAGUCGGAAGCAAAGAAAACGCCCCCAAAAGUCGAUGAUGAGCCUGUAAUAGCACCAUUCGCAUUGGCAUCAAUUGGCUUAGACGCAUGGUUUAAGCCAGACAGACUUCAUCCAAAAGUUGUGGAGCUCAUCUACUGGAGGGACCCAAAGAAGUCUGGCAUUGUAUUUGGAAGUGUGCUGGGAAUUUUGCUGUCUCUGACUUACGUCUCACUCAUCAGUGUCAUUGCUUAUCUCUCACUUGCAAUUCUGACGGGAACAAUUAGUUUCCGUGUUUACAAGACUGUGCUGCAGGCAGUUCAGAAAACCACUUCAGAUGGACACCCAUUCAAGGACAUACUGGAACUGGAUCUGACCCUGCCGCAAGAGAAAGUACGUGAGAUGACUGACUUAGCUGUUGCCCAUCUGAAUGCAGCAGCCUGUGAACUGAGGCGGCUGUUCCUGGUAGAGGACCUUGUAGACUCAAUUAAGUUUGGAGUUCUACUGUGGUGCCUGACAUAUGUUGGGGCGUGGUUUAAUGGCAUGACUCUAAUCAUCAUAGCUUUUGUAGCCUUGUUCACCUUGCCAAAGGUUUAUGAAACAAACAAAGUGCAGAUUGAUCAGAACAUUGAUUUAGUGAGGAGCAAAAUAGCAGAGAUCUCAUCAAAGAUUAAAGCAACCAUCCGUGUUGGUGGGAAGAAACCAGAAGAAAAGAAAGAAUAAAUACUUACUUUUUCAGAGGAAAUUAUUUAAAAGUGAACUGCAAAAACAGCAAUGAAAUUGGAACAAAACAACCACUUUCUUCUGUGCAGUCAUCAUAUAUAUUCCAUGUGUAUGAAUGUCAUCAUCACACAGUAAUAAACCUUGACCAACUACGUGAUUGCUGUAUUAAUUUCAUACGGUUUCUUAGGUUUCUAAUUUAUUCUGUCCAUUCUAUUAACAUUGUAAUUUAUUCCACUUGGCUCAGACUACUGUAAAUAUUUCAAUUUUGAACAGAAAGAUUGAAAUAUGAGUAAGAGCAUGUAAGUGUAAAACUCUUUAAAUGUUUUCUCUCUACUGUAGAAUGAAGAGUUGUUAUCAAAGUUCCCCAUGCUGCUUGAGAUUUGUAGCAUAUCCUGUGAAAAAUAAGUGUGCAUGUGUGAGAGAAUGGUGUUUUUAUUAUCCAUUUAACUAAGUUUCCUCUGAAGGAUUGAGUCUGGUUGUGUGUGAACAGGCCCUUAAAUUUUCACAGACUGGGUGCGUUAAUCCUCGCUUGCAUGAAGUGUGGUUGAAUGUGUGUCUUUGUAAUUUUCUGCGUAAUAGGAAUAGGUACUGGACAAAAAACUGGAGAGAGAGAGAUUACUAACUCGCAACUUUAUUGUGUUUAAAUGAUGAUAUGGAAAUUUUGUAUCCUGUGUGUGUGUGUGUGUGUGUGUGUGUGUGUGUGUGUGUGUGUGUGUGUGUGUGUGUUGCUUGUUAAAAGUAAGCCUGGAUGCAAUUGUUUGCAUGUAGUUGUCACUGUAAGCUGCAAAAAUUCUUGUUUCAUCUAUUAAAGUGUUGCAAAUAUUUCACAUGAAAAGUGAAUAUUAACAGAAUAUGUUGCUGUAAAGUUAUUUGCUGCUUAUUUGGUUUAUAAAGCUCUUAAUGGUGAACAUUCAUUAAAUAAUGAUGCUUUCAACACAAAUUUAAAACUGAAUCAGUUGAUUGGUGUAAGAAGAUACUAUUUGUGCCACAAAUUUUUAUAUAAAAUUGAGCACCUAUGCUGCUAUCUGUGAGAUGUCACUUAAAUAAAUUUCUCACAGAAAAUUGUUGUACAUUGCUGUCUUUGUGACUGAAAAAUAACAAAGCUACGUGGAAUCUCUGCUAUAUGUACGAAAACUAUAUGAAAUCUGGAGACAGUAUCAGAUGGCUUGUGAAAUUGUUACUUUUAUUGAUCUUUUUACUUACUGCCCUCCGCAUAAUUCGCUUAAUGGUUGGUGGGCGAGCACACGAGUAUUCUGCCAAAUGCACAUGUAUAGAUGAUUAUUCUUAGCCUAAUUAAUUGUUGGGAUUAUUUAAAUUGGAAAGAUAUGGUGAUAAUACUGCAUAUUUGUCUUUUUGACAUAAAUACACCCUAAUGCUUUUCAUACAGCAUCUAGACUCGUAAUAAUGAAAGUAGCUGUUAUUAAUUCAGGUCUAGUGUUAAGAGAAUUGGUGCAAUGUUUUGUUGGAAGAAAUAUGUAUGUAUUAGUUUCAUUCUGGUUUUUGUCAAGUAUAAUUUGGAGAUAUUAAGUUGUAUUGAUGUGCUUUGUACACAAAUAAAAAGAAAUCUACCUGGAA